CAAAACUCACCUUCUUCUCUCUAAUCUGCCUUCCUCCCUUCAGAAAAGACAAAAUAAAAUUUUUUGAGAGAUGAUCGGUGUUAUAGUAAUGGAGAAUACUUUUUCAUCAUCUUUAAGUAAGCUGGUUUUUAUUCAAGAGAUUGAUUUCUAGAGACUGUGCUAGCUAUUUGGGAGAAUUUCCUAGUUUGCUCCCCGUCCUAUUCAGUCCGGAGAAUCUAUUCUUACAUCAAUUUUGAGGAGGGAUGGUGGCCGAUGCGAUAACUGCAGCGGUUGUGUUCUCCGGCUGGGGAAUUAACUCGUUAAUUUUGGCUGAGCAGUAGCUAGACUUGAUUGUUUUCACAUGGAAGACGAUACGCUCAUUGAUAAAGCAUUUUUAUGGGGCGGAAUACAGUGAAAAGGACUUACAGGGGAUUGUGGAGUCUUUGCUGAAGCUGAGGAUUUUAGUAAUAAAGAUUAAAGGGAUCCUAGAUCUUGCUGUGGUUGAUGAAGUGAAAGACCCUGGAAUUCUCUUUUGGUUAAAACGUAUUCAGCAUUCUGCAUAUAUAGCCGAAGAUUUGGCUGACAGAUUUCAUAUCCAAUAUAUUCAGGGAUCAUGCGAAUCAUGUAAGUUUACAAAGAAAGCUCUAUCAUGCAAGAAUUCGAAGGCUGUUUUGGAUGCACAUUUGAAGAAGUCUCAUGAUGAGAUAAAUGGACUCCUAGAUAAUACUAACACCUUGAUUAAUGAUUAUGAUUGGUUCAUGGAUUCUAGGUUGUGGAAAAGGUUAGACUCGGAAAUGUUCAAUAGAACUUAUGAAUCGACCAGUAACUCAUUUAAUGAAGUAAUUUUUGGAAGGGAAAGUGUGAUAGAGGAAUUGCUGGCUAAAGUAGAAGAUGUGGCUUCUCAAGAAAUUAGUGGCAUUUCUGUUAUUUCAGUAGUUGGUAUUACUGGCAUUGGAAAGACUACUAUUGCACAGUCAUUGUCUCGUGAUCCAAAGAUUAUGAAGAAGUAUGUCAGAGUCUGGUUCUCUAUGCAUCAGGAUUUCCACUUGGAUGGGAUUUUAAAGAGUAUUAUUGAGAGUCUUAGUGGGGAGAAAUAUGAGGUUUUGAAUUCUGGUCGUCUUCACGCCGAGUUCACGAGACAGAUUCGAGCGAGGUGCAUUUUUCUAGUGCUAGAUAAUGCAAGACAUGAUUUAAGAAAGGACUGGAGCGACAUCCUAAGUUUUCUACGUUGUGCUGCAAAAGGAAGUGUCGUAUUAGUUACAACACUAAGUCCCAUGGUAUCUUCAAUAAUUGGAAGUCAAUUUAAAUAUGAACUGCCGAAGCUGUCCGAAGAGGAUUGUUGGUCUGUAUUUCAACAAACGGCGUUUCCAUCACAAGAUUAUGCUGUUAACCAUCCGGAGUUGUGUUGUAUUGGAGAAAAGAUAGUCAAAAGAUGUUACGGACUUCCCUUGAUUGCAAGUACUCUUGGACAUCUUCUUUUUGGCCAAAAUGAUAUAAAGGAGUGGGAGUGUAUCUUAAACACAGAUUUGUGGAAUCUUCCUGUUGAUAUGAAUGCUGUUACUCAUUAUUUGAGAUCGUGUUAUCACCAACUACCCAAACAUCUUAAGAUUUUAGUUCCUUACUGUGGCCUCCUUUCAAGAAAGUUUCAAUUUGAAAAAGAAAUGUUGGUACAAUUAUGGAUGGCCGAGGAGUUAAUACAGCCAAAGGGAAAUAUGCAAUUGGAGGAUUUAGGCAAUUCAUACUUCGAUGAUCUAGUGAAGAGGGGGUUUUUCUUACCUUCAAGUGCUGAUGAAGAUGGUCUGAAGUUUGUGGUUCAUGGAUUUAUUCAUGACAUGGUUCAAUUGGUAAAUGUGGAUGGGUCGUUCCGCUUGAUUAUAAACGAAAAGUCUGAUCUGUUGCGAAAGACCGACUUUGUUCGUCAUGUUUCCAUGGAUAUGGAUGGACUUCAGCUUAGGGACCUUGAAGACUUCAAAAGAUUAAGAACCAUCUUACUGCUAUCUGGAGGUGGUUCAAUUAAAUAUCUAUAUCCAUCGAGGAUGGUGUUUGUUCGUGUUUUGGAUUUGAGCCACAGCUUGAUCGGAGGAGUGCCAUCGACUAUCUCUCUCCUUAGCCAACUAAGAUAUCUAAAUGUCUCCUAUACUCUGAUCAGAUUCAUUGACAAGGAAGUGUAUGCUAUUCGUACAUUGCAAACCAUGAAGCUUAGAGGAUGUGCAUCACUUACUAGGUUACCUGUAGGCAUUGGAAUAUGUGAGAAUCUCCGACACCUUGAUCUAGAUGAGAGUUCCCAAAUUGCAACACCUCUUGAUAUUGGUAAGUUAACUCAGCUCCAAAUAUUGGGAAGAUUUGCUGUUUCACAUGGAGGAAGCAAUUUUAAUCAGUUGGAGAAGUUGAAUAUGCUUAGAGACUCUCUUUGCAUUUCAGGGUUGGAAUUCGUUGAUACCAGGGAUGCUAGAUAUGGUUGUGUGAAUGAAAAGGGAAAUCUUAAGCGGCUGAAGUUACAGUGGGCUUCUACUCAAAACAUAGAUGAACGGAUCACACAAUUUUUACAACCUCACUGUAACCUUAGGGAGCUAGUGAUCCAAGGAUAUCCUCUUCAAGAAUGGGGUCGUCGAGAAUGGAUAUGGAGUUCCCCGUCCUGCCUUCAAAAUAUUGAACUGGUUGGUUGUGAUAACUUGAGGAGUAUUAGCAUCUUGAGGGACUUGCCAUUUUUGAAGACAUUGACCCUUCAAGGUAAUAAAUCUGUGGAGAACUUCGAUGUUCAAAACUUUUUUGUAUUCGAGGAGCCGCACAACGGGUUCGAAUCAUUGGAAGUAUUAUUAUUUGUUUCGUGGACGAGAUGGACUGCUUGGACUGUUUUGGAAGAAUGUCACAUGCCAAAACUUGGCAAACUGUCCAUCAAGGAAUGCGCUCUUUUGACAACUGUGCCCGAUUUCAGUUGUUUACCGUUGUUGAAGGAGUUGGAGCUUGUACAAUGUAAUUCCCUUCGAUAUUCAGUUGGGAGAGAGCACCCCCUUCAACUGGCUUUGAGGACUCAUUUAUGACACCACUUAGAUGGUGUCAAUACUUGGCCCUUCACUUCCCCUCCUAAUUAGCCUGUCUAGGUCCUAGUCAGUUCAUAUUCUAGUGGUCGAAGCCAAAUUCUCUUGCGGAGUACUCUUCCAGUAUUUGUGUCAGACACUUAAGACAUUGGAUCUCUCCUCAAGUAUGAUGGCUGCUGGGUUAUCAUUUUGAGAAGCUACUCUCCUGCUUUUGCAAAUGUUCUGUUCCUUUCAGGGAAUACUUUUUGUUUAUUUAGUAUCAUUUCACACGUAACCUUACUUUCCCCUUCCGUUGAAGAUGAGCCUUCUUAUUUGCAGUCUUUCGAACAUGGAUACCAUGAUGUAGUUUUCACUUUUGAUGCUAAAUAUUUGGCCUUUUUGUUUA